AUGGAUCCACAACAGAGGCAGUUCGCCAGCUACAACUUCGACCCGCCGAAUUCAAUAUUUUGCAGCCCGGAAACUCUAAUGGAGUUAGUCCAGCAGGACUCUGGAGGAUGGAGCGAGAAGUCAGCGUUCAACACAACAAGGAAGAUACAGGGAGGAGUUCCGCGGUUCAAACUUAUUAGCAAUGCUCCGUCCCAGGAGCCUAACCAAGGCGAAUCUAAUCAGUCGUUCCGUAAGAUAGCUCUACCACCAUGA